CGCCUGAUUAACAGAUUACACCUUAAUUCACCACUCAGUUUCCUUCGUUCAUAUCUUAACCUGGUUUUGAUCAAUUAAAUCUCUUUCUAUGUAUGUCUGACAGACUAGAUUAACCAAGGGUGAUCGAGUUCGAAUUUACCGUAAUGCCUUCCUUGAUGGUCAUCAAUGUUAUCUCAACAGCCCUCCUCUACUUUCUCUGCUUGCUUAGCCUCACCACUAAAGUUAGCUCAAUACCUCUUGAUAAGUACUGUCCAGAUACAACCACUUACACACCUAAUAGCCCCUACCAUGCCAAUCUCAAAAUCCUCCUCUCUGAUCUCUCCUCCAACGCCUCUACAUCCGACAACGGAUUCUAUAACUCCACGGCUGGCACCAACCCCGACAUAGUUUACGGCCUCUUCCUAUGCCGGGGCGAUGUUGCCGCCGAUACGUGCCACGAUUGUGUCACAACUGCAAGUAAAGAAAUACUACAGGUGUGUCCUAGUAGAAGUGUGGCCAUGGUUUGGUAUGACUUGUGCUUCUUACGAUACUCAAACAGAUCCAUCUUCAACAUUAAGGACACAUCGAUUCAGGUUCUUACGUUCAUCGUAGUUAACAUCACUGACUCUGGGGAGCUUUCGUCUGUGUAUUUGAAAAACACAAUGAACGACCUAGCAUUUUCGGCUGCAACUGAUCAAUCGGGUAAGAAAUUUGCCACUAAAGAUGUAGACUACGGAGCAUUUCAGAACUUGUAUGGGCUUGCGCAAUGCACACCAGAUCUAUCUACCGAUGAUUGCCACAGCUGCCUUGAAGAAACUAUCUUGCAGCUUCCGAAUUGCUGCGAGGUAAAUUGGGGGGCCAGAGUUUUGUUUCCCAGCUGUUACCUCAGAUUCGGCUACCCCACUGCUCAGCUGCUCCGGCCGCCACCUCCAACUUCUACUAGUAGUAAAGGAGGAAUCUCAUCACAACUAAAAAUUGCGAUUGUUGUUUCAGUAAUUGGUGCAGUGGUGCUUUUCUCCAUUGGCAUAUGGUGCAUGAGAACAAAAGCAAGGAGGAGAGACAAUGCUACAGAAGAAGAAAUAACUGGUAACACAGGUUAUGUAGAUGGAAGUGAUAUGAUAACAGUACCGUCCUUGCAAUAUGAUUUAAGAACAAUUGAAACGGCCACAGAUAACUUCUCAGAUGAUAACAAAAUUGGUGAAGGUGGAUUUGGUGCUGUGUACAAGGGUACACUUUUUAAUGGACAAGAAAUAGCAGUGAAGAGACUAUCUAAAAGCUCGGGACAAGGUGAAAAAGAAUUUAAGAAUGAAGUCUUAUUGGUAGCCAAGCUUCAGCACAGAAAUUUAGUAAGAUUACUGGGAUUCUGCUUGGAAAGACAAGAGAAGAUACUCAUUUAUGAAUUUGUUCCCAACAAAAGUCUCGACUACUUUUUAUUCGAUUCAAAAAAAAGAGAACAGCUUGAUUGGUCAAGACGUUACAAGAUUAUAGGAGGCAUAGCACGAGGAAUUCUUUAUUUUCAUGAAGAUUCUAGACUAAGAAUUAUUCAUCGGGAUCUCAAAGCUAGCAAUAUAUUAUUAGACGGGGAUAUGAAUCCAAAAAUUGCAGAUUUUGGCAUGGCGAGAAUAUUUGGUGUGGAUCAAAUCGAAGGAAGUACAAAUAGAAUAGUUGGAACAUUUGGUUACAUGUCUCCAGAGUAUAUUAUGUAUGGACAAUUUUCUGUCAAGUCCGAUGUGUUUAGUUUUGGAGUCUCAAUUUUGGAGAUCAUAAGUGGCAAAAAGAACAGUAAUUUCUAUCAAUCGUCUGAGAAUGAGGAUCUUUUGGGCUUUUCUUGGAAAUGUUGGAGAAACGGAAAAUCCUUGGAGUUGGUGGAUCCAUGUCUUGGAGAUUCUUAUUUGAAAGAUGAAGUCAUUAAAUGCAUCCAUAUAGGUCUCUUGUGUGUUCAAGAAAAUGUGGAUAUCAGACCCUCCAUGCCAUCCGUAGUUCAUAUGCUCAAUAGUUCCCUUGAUACACUACCAUUGCCUCUGCAACCUCCAUUCUUUGAUCGUACCAAAACAGAGUUGAACUUUCGAAAAAGGAUGGAGUCGUGUUCUUUGAACGAGGCAUCAAUAAGUGAACUAAAUCCUCGAUGAUGUUACUAAGUCUACGAAUUGUUGAAAUUGUAUGUUGUGAAUGGAAGAACUCCAAGCACGCAAGACAUGUAAAUAUAUUGGCGGGUUGAAAGAUUGAAAUUAAACAAAUUUAAUAUUAUCAAACAGGAAUGCAAAUUGUACUUUUAAUCGAAUAUUCUA